AUUUGUAAAAAAAUAAGCUAUUGUCUUGACUCACCCUACCCAAUUGCUUCUUUCUCCAGAACAACCGUAAAGUCUUAUUCAUACCUAUCUACUCACACAAUGGCUUCACGAACACUCCUCAAAUCCGUUGCUGGCCUUGCCACCAGCAGACAAGCCAUCGCUCAGCGAACCUUCACCACCACCCCCGCGAUCCUCUCCUACAAGGAAAGCAGCCACAACACCGAAAGCGCGGACCCCGAAAAGCACAAGCAGGACCUGCUCGCGAAGCACAAGCAAGGCAAGGGCCACUGGAAGCCGGAGCUGGCGUCGGACAGCGAGGAGGCGCUGAAGGCGGACCGCCACGCCGGCGACACCAAGGAGGACAUGGCCGCGCUGCAGGAGCGCACCAAGCGCUCCGCCGAGGAGACCAGCAAGGCCGGCACCAGCAUGCGCGAUGGGUUGUAAGAUAAGUUAGAUGGUAACUACAUAAAAUGUGUGAUGGGUGACAAAAAAAAAGGGGGAGGGGGGGAAAGGGGUGAACGGGCGGAUGAAGAAG